AUGCAGCGUUGUGUUGCUGCGAGCCAUCAGCCGCGGUGCAAAGAGGACGAGGACGUUGCAUGGGGCUCGCACGUUUUUGACGAGCUGCAGCAGCCCUGGGAUGCAGCGUUGUGUUGCUGCGAGCCAUCAGCCGCGGUGCAAAGAGGACGAGGACGUUGCAAGUGUUCAAGGAGCUGCAGCAGCGCUGGGAUGCAGCGUUGCAUCACUGCAAGCAAUCAGCCGUGGUGCAGCGCCGUUGAGGAUUUUGGAUGGGGCUUGCACAUGUUCAAGGAGCUGCAGCAGCCCUGGGAUGUAGUCUUGUGUUGCUGCAAGCAAUCAGCUGUGGUGCAAAGAGGACUUUGUACGGGGUUUGCACGUUUGACAAGCUGCAGCAGCGCUGGGACGCAGCGUUGCGUCACUGCAAGCGAUCAGCCACGGUGCAGCAACAACGAGGAUGUUGUACAGGGCUUGCACGUGUUGGAGGAGCCGCAGCAGCGCUGGGAUGCAGCGUGGUGUUGCUGUGAGCCAUCAGCCGCGGCGCAAAGAGGACGAGGACGUUGCACGUGUUCAAGGAGCUGUAGCAGCCCUGGGAUGCAGCGUUGCAUCACUGCAAGCAAUCAGCCACGGUGCAGCAAAAAUGAGGAUGUUGCACAGGGCUUGCACAUGUUGGAGGAGCUGCAGCAGCCCUGGGAUGCAGCGUUGCGUUGCUGCAAACCAUCAGCCAUAGUGCAGAGAGUACAAGGACAUCGCACGGGAUGUUGCACUUGUUGGAGGAGCCGCAGCAGUGCUGGGAUGCGGCAUUGCCUCACUGCCAGCGAUCAGCUGCUGUGCAACAAGGACAUUGCACAGGGCUUGCAUGUGUUGGAGGAGCUGCAGCAGUGCUGGGAUGCAGUGUUGUGUUGCUGCACGCGAUCAGCCGUGGUGCAGCAAGGACAAGGAUGUAGCACAGGGCUUGCACUUGUUCAAGGAGCUGCAGCAGCCCUGGGAUGCAACAUCAUGUCACUGCAAGUGAUCAGCUACAGUGCAACGAGGACGAGACCAUUGUACGGGACGUUGCACGUGUUGGAGGAGCUGCUGCACCACUGGGAUGCACCAUUGCACUGCUGCAAGUGAUCAGCCAUGGUGCAAAGGCAAGGUUGCACAGGGCUUGCACGCGUUCAGGGAGCUGCAGCAAUGCUAGGAUGCAACAACAUCGUGUCGCUGCAAGCAGUCGGCUGCGGUGCGACGAGGACGUUGCACGGGACGUCGCACGUGUUGGAGGAGCCACAGCAGCGCUGGGAUGCAGCGUUGCGUCGCGGCAAGCCCUCAGCCGUGGUGCAAAGAGGACGAGGACAGUGCAUGGUGACAAGGCCGUUGCACGGUGACUGACAAGGCCAUCGCACGGCGCUGCCCACACUCCCCCCCCCCCCCCCCCCCCCGGCGUUGGCAGGCGCCACGGCUGCAGCGUCCCCGUCCCCAGCGGGCAAUAAAUGCGACGGGGCUGGUGA